GAAAUGUGAUCACAGCGCAGAAAAUGUUGGACGACGGUUAUUUGCAAAUCAGCGCCUCAGAUGAAUUAAAUUGCAUCGAUAUUACUUCUGACUUAUUUGUACCUCUUCAACCCUUACAACCAAGUAAUGGUUCAGUUACUCGGUGUUAUAAUUUAAAAUUAACAGUAAAAACGUUAACGCCUGAUGGAUUAAAGCAUAUUGUACUUCUCCUUAAUGUAACAAAUGAAUUAGGAGAACCUACUACAAGUAACUUAAAAAAUUUAUUAAAUAAAUUAAAUACUCUAACUGGCAAUAACCAAUAUGACGGAGUUCCGGGAUUAACACAGUGUCCGAUCCCCAACCAUGGCAGUCUUCUCUACAAUUUUACCGUUAAUGAAUUUGGCCCAUUUGUAAUUUAUAAUCCUAAUGACCCCUAUCUCACAGAAUACGAUUUCGAAUAUGUAAUAACAUUAUCAGAAUGGUAUCUCUUUCCAACAGAUGUUCUGGAUCCAAUUCUUCUUUCUCCUGGUUAUCGAGGUGGUGAAGCUAACCCUAUUUCUGGUGACAUUAGCGGCAAAGGUCAAUAUAAUUGUACUACCGCCCCUACCAAUUCAUGUAACCCGAAUAAUGGAAUCGCCACAUAUGCUGUUCAAACGGGUAAAAAAUAUAGAUUUAGAAUUAUUAAUAUGAGCGGGGCAACUCAUUAUAUAUUUUCGAUUGAUGAACAUCCGCUUACUAUUAUUGAAGUUGAUGGAAAUUUAAUAAACAAUGUCACUCUAACUACGAUUCCAAUUAAUGUUGCACAGCGAUAUUCAGUAAUUCUUAAUGCUAAUAUGCCGAUUAAAAGUUAUUCUAUUCGUGCAUUGCUCUCGCCUUGCACACCGGUAAAUCAAUCUCUAAGUCUUAACUAUACAUUAAAUCCUAAUGUUUUGGGAAUUUUAAAAUAUGAAGGCACAAAUGACACAGCUCCAGAUUCAAUAGCUUAUCCGUUCAAGCAAUCAGAUGUAUGUAGUGAUGUGAAUCCAAAUAUUUUAAAGCCACUUGGAUUUAAACCGCCUAAAAAAUCUACUCGUAAGUUUGAUCUUGUGGUUACUCUUGGCAAAUUACCAACGACUGGAGGAAUGGCUUUUAUUAAUAACUCAAGCCUUGUAGCUAAUUUUAAUUAUCCUACAAAUCGAAAAAUUAUGGAUUUACAAGCUAACAACUUUUUGAGAGAGGAAAAUGCUUAUGAAUAUGAAUGCACCACUGAGGAUUGUAAGAAUGAUGCUGUUGAUAUCUAUAUUAGUGUUACCACUUUUCAGUCUCAUCCUUUUCAUAUG